UGUCUUUCUCAGGUGACCUAAGUGGACCAUAAUGUGGCUCUGGGCACUGCUUCCGAUCUGCUUGGCUGUGAUUGGCACUGUGGGCAUAUGGGUGGUGUAAGUAUUUACCUGACAUCCAUGUGGGCUCUCCUCUUCAGCCACUUCUUUAUUAUCAAUAGGCAGAAGAAUACUGUGCUCUCAAUGAUGACGAUGAUGAUGAAGAACAUGUUAAUGUUUACUUUCAGCACAAGUAACAAAAAUCCAACACGUGCUCUGAGUGCAAGAAACAAAACAAAUAUCAAAUUAUUGCCCCUGUCAUCCUCCACAUGGUUUGGUCUGGAAGAUGUAUGUUGUAAUUGAAGUAUUACAAUACUAACUAAUACUAGUUUUUGUUCUUGCCAGGUUUGGUAUCGCUGUAUCGAAUGAGACUGUUAACAUCACAGAGAGAUUCCCCUACAUCAGGUAGGAGUCACACUGUCAAUGUCUCACAGUACUCCAUACAGUUUCCCAAUGGCAUGGAUCAAAAUGAAAAGUUAAUAAUUGAGGAAUCAACACUAUAUUACUUUAAUAUUAAUUAGCCACCCUUUGCCUUGAUGACAACUUUGCACAUGCUUGGCAUUCUCUCAACCAGCUUCAUGAGGUAGUCACCUGGAAUGCAUUUCAAGUAACAGGUGUGCCUUGUUAAAAGUUAAUUUGUGGAAUUUCUUUCCUUCUUAAUGCGUUUGAGCCAAUCAGUUGUGUUGUGGCAAGGUAUGGGGGUAUACAGAAGAUAGCCCUAUUUGGUAAAAGACUGAGUCUAUAUUAUGGCAAGAACAGCUAAAAUAAGCAAAGAGAAAUGACAGUCCAUCAUUACUUUAAGACAUGAAGGUCAGUCAAUACGGAACAGAUGAAACUGGCUCUUAUGAGGACCGCCACAGAACUGGAAGACCCAGAGUUACCUCUGCUGCAGAGGAUAAGUUCAUUAGAGUUACCAGCCUCAGAAAUUGCAGCCCAAAUAAAUGCUUCACAGAGUUCAAGUCACAGACACAUUUCAACAUCAGCUGUUCAGAGGGGACUGUGUGAAUCAGGCCUUCAUGAUCGAAUUGCUGCAAAGAAACCACUAUUAAAGGACACCAGUAAUAAGAAGAAACCUGCUUGGGCAUUUGACCUUUGGUCUGGAGUCCAAAUUUGAGAUUUUUGGUUCCAACCGCUGUGUCUUUGUGAGAUGCGGUGUGGGUGAACGGAUGAUCUCCGCAUGUGUAGUUCCCACCGUAAAGCUUGGAGGAAGAGGUGUUAUGGUGUGGGGCUGCUUUUCAGGUGACACUGUCUGUGAUUUAUUUGGAAUUCAAGGCACACUUAACCAGCAUGGCUACCACAGCAUUCUGCAGCGAUACGCCAUCCCAUCUGGUUUGGGCUUAGUAGGACUAUCAUUUCUUUUUCAACAGGACAAUGACCCAACACACCUCCAGGCUGUGUAAGGGCUAUUUUAGCAAGAAGGAGAGUGAUGGAAUGCUGCAUCAGAUGACCUCGCCUCCACAAUCUUCCGACCUCAACCCAAUUGAGAUGGUUUGGAAUGAGUCGGACGGCAGAGGGAAGGAAAAGCAGCCAACAAGUGCUCAGCAUAUGUGGGAACUCCUUCAAGACUGUUGGAAAAGCAUUCCAGGUGAAGCUGGUUGAGAGAAUGCCAAGAGUGUGCAAAGCUGUCAUCAAGGCAAAGGGUGGCUACUUUGAAGAAUCUUAAAUAUAAAAUAUACAGUGAGGGAAAAAAGUAUUUGAUCCCCUGCUGAUUUUGUACGUUUGCCCACUGACAAAGACAUGAUCAGUCUAUAAUUUUAAUGGUAGGUUUAUUUGAACAGUGAGAGACAGAAUAACAACAAAUUUUUAAAAAAAAAUGCAUGUCAAAAAUGUUAUAAAUUGAUUUGCAUUUUAAUGAGGGAAAUAAGUAAAAAAAAAAACAGACCUCAUGCUCUGAUACCAUCUUCCCGACGGUAAGGGAGUGAACAGCUCAUGUGUGGGGUCCUUGAUGAUGUAAUAGCCUUCCAAAGGCACCGUUUUGAGUAGAUGUCCUGGAUGGGUCUUCACCACCCACUGGAGGGCCUUGCGGUCGUGGACAGUAGACGGUAUCAGAGCAUAAGGUCUGAUACCAACAGGCUCAGAGACCGUUUCUAUCCACAAGCCAUCAGACUACUGAACACUUGAACUGGACUGACCACCUGAUCUGAUUCUCCAUACCUUAGCACACAUGCACACACCCACACAGACAUACACAGGCACAGGCCCAGAUGCAACCGGUCAGGACACGCUCGAUGGUGCAGCUUUAGGAUGAUUUGAAGCAAAAACUAAGAUGUAUUUUUUUACAUAAAGUAUGGGAAACAAUAAGGUGUGUAUUGUUAAAUUAACCAAUACACAUGUUGAGGUUCCUACGUCUGAUGUUCUUUGUUUCUAGUCGUAGAGAAUUGAAAUGUGAAUUUGUGGCACCUAUAAUCCACAGAGCUGCAUCUUUGCUCAGAUCUGCAACGUCUGUGCUGUCUUGGGUAAGUGAAUAGAUGCACGCAUGCACGCACACACACACACACACACUUAAUACCCCCUUCUCUCUCUAUGUGUCAGCCCUGUGGGUUGUAGUGAUCCGCUUUCAGCAGGUCAGGGACUAUGGUCAGAACAGCAAGGUGAACAUCGCCAGCAUCGUACUGGGCUUCAUCUCCUGUGUGGGCAUCUCCAUCAUCGGAAACUUCCAGGUAUCGUUUAGAAUCUCACUUCAGCGUAAACUAUUGUGUUAAAGGCAGUUAUCGCAAUACUGUUAUAACAUCUCUGUAUUAUCAUGAUACAAGUCCUAUUAUAAACUGGGUGGUUCGAGCCCUGAAUGCUGAUUGGCCAUGGUAUAUCAGACCGUAUACCACGGGUACAAGAAAACAUUUAUUUUUACUGCUCUAAUUACGUUGGUAACCAGUUUAUAAUAGCAAUAAGGCACCUCAGGGGUUUGGCCACAAACCCCACGUUGCGUCGUGCUUAAGAACAGCCCUUAGCCGUGGUAUAUUGGCCAUAUACCACACCUCCUCGGGCCUUAUUGCUUAAAUAUCCUCCUCCCCUCGCAUGUACACAUAGAAAGUUGACAUAUUGUUAUACCCUGAUAAUUGCUGACAAUAUCUCCUUCGUUCCAUCCUCUCUCCCAUCCCUCCCUCCCUCUCUUUCAGCAAUCUGUAGUGAUGGGGAUCCACUUGUUGGGAGCGUUCUUGGCCUUCUUCGUGGGCCUAGCCUACUUCUGGUUGCAGGUGUGGCUCUGCUACAAAGCCCAUCCCUUUAAAGACCGUCACUGGGUUGGACCUCUUCGAGCUACCUUCUGUAGCAUCUGCACCGUCCUGGUCAUCACCAGUAUCCUUACAGACCAUAACGCUGGGGCGCUCUCUAUUCUCAGAGAAUGUCUCUUCAUGUAGGAAGAUAUAAAGCAUCUAUUACUCACUGUUGAUGAAUGCUAAACAUUGUUUAUGCAAAAUCUAGAAACUUCCAUACCAGUGAAAAUAUGACACAAAAACAAUGGAGGCUAUGACUGUAGUGUAUAUUCCCUGGCCAGACGGGCAGUACAGUGGUACACUACACUUAGCUGGGAAUGAGACUGUAUACAAACUGUAUAGUUUAGACAUUGACAGGUCAUCUGCUUGUGUUGUUGCUCCUUGACUGGCCUUUCCCUCCCCAGUGGCUAUACUCCAUAAUACCGGCUACAAAUCUAGAGCGGCCAUUUGUGAGUGGGCCUUGGUCAUGUCCUUCUUUGUCCUUUUUGGCCUCUUUGGGUCCGAGUUCCGUCACAUCGACUUCCACCAGCUCACCGUGCAGAAACAAGGUCUGAAGACACAGAGCACUAACGGAGUGAUCAGAAUGAUGAACAGCCAAUGAGACCAUGACAAUGACCAUGCAUUGAUACACUGUUCAUAGCUUAGCAUUUUAAGACACACACACACGCUGGGUUAUUUUUACCCAGCUAGUUGGGUUGCGUAAAUAACCCAACAUGUUGGGUUGUAUGGAUUACCCAAAGAUGUGUUAAUUUAACCAUCAAUUGGGUUGACCCAGCAGCUGGGUAUUUUUCUUAAUGUAAUCCAUAGGUACUUGUGUAAGCCUCAUUAAAGCUUCAAACGUGUCAGUGUUUAACCUUGACGUGAUAACAAUACAACAGAACACAUGAACCGGAAUGACAUUUACUCUCACGGGUGGCCAAAAAUAACUAUCUGAAAGCCAUGACUCCAGUCUUCUGAGCUGACCCGCUGGGUCAUAUCUCA